GGCAGUUGGUAGAGAUCUACAAUUUGUACUGCACGUAGCCUCCCUCGUCCAUUUAUCGGAUACCACAACUCCAACAUAUUCCAACGUUUUCCACUCAAUCACAUAUCAUGACUUCCAUUACAGAAAUCAAGGACAAACUCUUGCGAAUCCACCGAUCGGGUAAAUAUGCCACGUUAUCUCCAGCCAACCUCUUACAGACACACACUCAGUUAACCUCCAUCUUGACUCUCCACCAGACGCUGUUGAGCGCGGUGGAGCUCUAUGACUUGUACGAGUUGCAGUUCUAUGUGUCACUCAUGAUGUCGGAGGACGCGAUUGCGUUAAAAUAUAUGAACUUGAUCAUAGACAGGUUCGGCAACAACAACUCGCAGCGUAUCACUAUUUUGAAGACCGUGUACUUAAACGCUACGGAAGGUGCCCAGAGCGCAUCCUACUACGUUCGUGAGAAGCUCAAGGAAAACCAGGACCAGUUGCGCAUAAUGCGCACCAAUAUUGGCUUGUUAAAGCAGCAGAAGGAGCCCACGGAGUACAUUGAGGCAUUGGUGUCGUUUCUCGACAGACAGCCUCUGGACGCGCAGUGCUGGUACGAAUUGAGCGAGCAGUACUGUCAGCUUGGGAACUACGAUAAGGCUUUGCACUGUCUCAAGGAGGUUUUGAUGUUGCAACCAUAUGCCUAUAACGUUAUGUACAAGGUUGGAGAGGUUUCUCUUGCCAGUCUCAAGCAGGCCGCCGCCUCGGCCACCUUCCAGACUCCGAAGACCUUGGACAAGGUUUACGGCGUUGCAAAAGACGGGCGUAGCAACUUCUUGCGAUCAAUCGAGCUUUGUGACAACUAUGCUAAGGCAUGGAUCGGGUUGUACGUGAUGACUCUGGACGGGUACUCGCUUAACGAGAAGUUGUCUUCCCGGGGAAACGUGUUGAAGUCGCACAGGUCGUUGGAAGGAAACAUUGAGGCGUAUUUGGCAAAGAAUGCAGCGUUACACAGUAUGGCACAGAAAAAGUUACUUGAGUUGAGCUACGACAAGGAUCUUCCGCAGGAGGUCUUGGCCGCCAUCGCCGCAGCCCUUAGCUAGCAGCAUGCACCACAUGCGCAGCAUGUGUUUGUGAUAUAGGAUUUGUACCCAUAUAUCGUAGAUAUUAGAAUAUGUAAAUUAUCUCCGUA